AUGUCGUCGCCAGGUCAGGCCCAAGACCCCAUCACAGUCUCAGAGAUCAAGGCUAUAGCAAAAGAGCGUCUUGACUCAGCUGUUUGGGACUACUAUACUACUGCCGCUGAUCGGAAGAACUCUGCUCGUCGUAACUCGCUAGCCUUCGAAUCACUUGUUCUUCGACCCCGAGUCCUUCGCAACGUUAGUGCCAUUGACACCAGUGUUUCAGUGCUCGGCAGACGGUAUGACUUUCCCAUAGCUAUUGCACCAACUGCGUAUCAAAAGCUUGCUGGCGGUAAUGGAGAAAUCGAUGUCGCUCGAGCAGCUUCUGCAUUAGGCACGAACUUCAUUCUCUCUACAAAUGCCACCACUUCGCUAGAAGAUGUCGCUGCCGCCGUACCUCCUCGCGACCAAGAGUAUCCCAAGCCAUGGUUUCAACUUUAUCUGCUUGGCUCCCGAAAUGUGACGGCAGAACUCAUAGGUAGAGCGGAGCUCGCAGGAUACGAAGCUCUAGUGCUGACCGUCGACUCGCCUGUACUUGGAAAUCGUCUGCACGAACGCAAAACACCUCUUCGUCUUCCUCCUGGGCUCACGACAGCUAACGCAAAGUCCCGUCGCAUAGGUGGUAUCUCUAAAGCUGGAUUACUCCUUCGAGCAGAGACUGCUACCGAAGCAAAGCUGAUCGCGAAUGAGCAUCGCGACUUUCUUGUAGACUCUACCAUGACCUGGCAGAACGUUGUGCCCUGGUUGCGAGCACAGACAUCCUUAAAGAUCGUGCUAAAAGGGAUAAUGACUGCUGAGGAUGCACAACUUGCGCUAGAUUGGGGUGUAGACGCGAUAAUCGUGUCAAACCACGGCGGACGUCAACUGGAUGGCGUCUCCUCGACCAUAGAAGCCCUGCCAGAGGUUGCAGCUACCAUCAAAGGAAGAAUACCGGUGAUAGUUGAUGGAGGGAUUGAACAUGGGACGGACGUCUUCAAAGCAAUAGCCCUCGGUGCUGAUCUCUGUUUGAUAGGAAGAAGCGCUCUGUGGGGUUUAGCUUGGGAUGGGCAGAAGGGCGUCGAAAAGGUCUUGAACAUCCUUGAGAGAGAGUUAUCACGCACAAUGGCUCUAAUGGGAGUCUCAAGGAUGGCAGAGGUCAGUAGAGACCUGCUUGGUUACAGGAGGGCAGAUGGUUUUGGUAUAGCGAAGCUCUGA